AUGGCGGACGUGCUAAGUGUUGGUGUCAAUCUGGAGGCCUUUGCCCAGGCCAUUAGUGCCAUUCAGGCGCUCCGCUCUAGCGUGAGCAGGGUGUUCGACUGCCUGAAGGAUGGCAUGCGGAACAAAGAGACGCUGGAGGGCCGGGAGAAGGCCUUCAUCGCGCACUUCCAGGACAACUUGCAUUCGGUCAACCGGGACCUCAAUGAGCUGGAACGUCUGAGCAACUUGGUGGGGAAGCCUUCUGAGAACCAUCCUCUCCAUAACAGUGGGCUGUUAAGUUUGGAUCCCGUGCAGGACAAAACCCCUCUGUACAGUCAGCUCCUCCAGGCAUAUAAAUGGUCAAACAAGUUGCAGUACCACGCAGGUCUGGCAUCUGGCCUUUUGAAUCAACAGUCGUUGAAACGUUCCGCUAACCAGAUGGGAGUGUCUGCUAAACGUAGGCCAAAGGCUCAACCCACGACUCUCGUCUUACCGCCUCAAUACGUUGACGACGUGAUCAGCCGCAUCGACCGGAUGUUCCCUGAAAUGACCAUCCACUUGUCCAGACCCAAUGGGACAUCCGCCAUGCUUCUGCUUGAUAUAUGGUCCAAAUCCAACUAUCAAGUGUUCCAAAAGGUGACCGACCAUGCCACCACCGCCCUGCUCCACUACCAGCUGCCCCAGAUGCCGGACGUCGUGGUCCGCUCCUUCAUGACCUGGCUAAGAAGUUACAUAAAGCUGUUCCAGGCCCCGUGCCAGCGCUGCGGGAAGUUUCUGCAGGACGGCCUGCCCCCCACUUGGAGGGAUUUCCGCACCCUUGAGGCCUUCCACGACACCUGCCGACAGUGACCCCGCCCCAGCCCCGCGCCGGCCCCCAGACCCCCUCACCGAUCUUUCCCAGGCAAGCCCUCAGUCACAGCGACGGCUCAGCUAUGUCUUCACGGCUGGAAGAGCAGUCCCGCCAUCUGCUUGCUUCCGUCGUGCGCUCAGGCCAGGCUUGGUGAAUAGCAGAGUCCCCUCUUUUGGCGGGACCGCCACACCGUUGAGCUGGUGUGUGAGGGUGCAGAGAGCACCUCGGGACCCAGGACGAGGCAGUUAGGCAGCUUGCUUUCCCGUGUGUGUUCACCAUGCUGGUCCAUCAGCCCUCCUGGAUCUGUGUUCUAAGUCAUUUUACAUUUGGAGUGAGCCCUUGUCAUGCCGAGUGUUUUGUUCUGUUCCGUAACUUAUUUUUAUAAGCA